AUGGACAUGAACAUGAACAUGCCAACAGUGUUCUCAUCCUCUACUGAAAUCACAAUCCUCUUCACAGGCUGGACAACCUCAACCACGACGCAAUACAUCUUCACGCUAACCUUUCUAUUCCUCCUCGCCAUCUUCAACCGCUUCCUCGGCGCUCUCAAAUUCCAACUCGAGAAAUCCUGGUCCCAGCAUACUUCUACCCCUCAAACUAUACUUCUUGCUCCAGUAAAUCCACGACAAAGCAUCCGAAAAGCAAAGCUCAGUCCUCUUCCACACUACAUGCGCGUACACGGGGACGAGGACCCGGAUGAAGAUACUUUACCAAUUUCAAAUAACCACAUUGAAACACGAAACACACCCACGAGACAUCUGAAAAGAGAUGGCCCUCGGAAUAGGACUUCACUGAGAUGCCUCCUCCCGUCGUGGACGGCCAGUGGAACGUGGAGUCUCCGGAAGGACGGGACACGAGCGUUGCUUGAGUGUGUUAGGGCCUUGAUUGGAUAUUUCUUGAUGCUAUCCGUGAUGACCUUCAACGUCGGCGUCUUCGUUACUGUGCUUUGCGGCGUCCUGAUGGGCGAGCUGCUUCUUGGAAGGUUCUCUCAGGGAACUGGCUGGCAGGAAGGUACUUGUCAUGGCGGGUGA